AUGUCUGAUAUGAAUAUUGCACUCACCAAUUCUGUUCGUAAAAUCGAACUUGACGUUACGGAGAUCAAACAAAUGCUAGCUGCGCUGUCUGAUCAGUUCAAAAAUCAAUUUGCACCAAACAUCACUGAUGAAGAUGUAAAUAUGAUACAAAAAAGUAUCGUCGAACAAAGUGCUCUUGAUCGAAUCACCGAGUCGGUAAAAAGAUCCCAAGUGAUUGAAUAUCCUGAUCAGCUUGGUAAACGAACGAUUGACACAAAUUCUGAAGAGUUUGAAGUAAAGAAGGUCUCGGAUAGACUUAAUGUACUGCUGCAACUUUUACACACAAAAGACUGGCAGUUAUUUUGCAAGGAUAUUCCCGAUGAGCAACAAAAGCCACCUCUAGUCCCAAUUUCACAACGUGAUUUGGAAAUCAAACGAGUUCAGUUGAAGUCACUGGCACGAUAUCCCGGCAAACGAUAG